AUGUGGUCAAUUAUCUAUAUUUUCACUUUUUUGUUAUCAUUAAUCAAUGCUACUCCAGUUACUCAAGGUACUAGAGCUAAUAUUUCAUUGUACUUGUCUUCAACUGAUGAAUCAAUAGACAAUCAACCACUUUAUUCUGCUAACCAAGAUAAUACUAUUCAUUUCUUGUAUGGUGGUGAUUCUUCCAUUCUGUUUGCUACUACUUUCAUGUAUGAUGGUGUCAACAACAAAGUCUAUGGUAGAAAAGAAGGUAGCAGUGACAGAUAUUAUUUGACUUUUGUUGAUGAUAUGUUGAGAACAAAAAAAGGUGAUGAAGGUAUGAAAGUUACUUUGAACACUGAUGGUAGUUUGGAUUUUGAUGGUAGUGACCGUUUGUUUGCUUACAAAUUAGGUGAUGGUACUAUUAAAUACUUGGUUCUUUUGAUCAAUGGUGAAACUCCAUCCAAUGUUGUCCCAGUCAAGGUCAAAGCUAAAACUAACUGGGCUACUUUGUAA